AUGAUAGCUCAAAAAAAAUCUUUUGAUUAUUCCAAUUAUAUUAGAAAUAAGCGACAGCAGAGAGAGUUAGGCAAAGCAGAACAAUUAAAGGUCCAAAAAAGUGAAGAGGCCUUAGAAUUUCAAGCAAAGAAAGUCAAAAAGGAAAGCGAAUUACAUGCCAAAACUGCAAAGAAGAGGGCUGCAAGACAAAAGAAAUUGAAUAAGCUAAAGCAGUCGAAAUUAAAUAAAGUUCAACUUACCAAUGAAAAGUAA